UUUUAUUAGAUAUUAUAUCAUCUGGGUGAUGACGUGAUUAAUAACAGGACUCCGCCCCUACAAGAAGAUGUUUUACGAGGCUGUAAUCGGGGGACUGGUAGGUCUAGCUACCUACAUGUACCUUCACUAUCUCAACAAGUCUAAACAGAGACAGCAGAUUGAACAGAAUGUGCAGCAACAAGCCGCUAAGAAUGCUAACGAGAAAUCGACAGAUACCGAAAGCAUGCAGUGGUUAAACUUCAUAAUCAAACAUUGGUACCUGGCAGUGGACCAGAAGUUGCAACAGAAGAUCAAGGAGCUAGCCCAACCCACCCUCGACUCCCUACAACUCCCUUCACCUGUUACAGGAGUGGUGUUGGAGAGUGUCUCCUUCGGGCAGAAUCCCCCUUACAUUGAGGGGUGCCGGACUUUCAGGGAAAAGUGGGCUGAUAACCGUGAUCUUGAGACACUAGAACUGGUUCUUGGACCCAGGAUUGAUUCGAAAGAGUUUGAAGUAAAGAUUCAUCUUAAAGGUCUGGGACAUGUCAGUCUCACAGGUUUCAAGUUCACCGGCCAACUCCAGGUUUCUAUUCUAAUGGAUAAGUCGCUCCCCUUUCCUUGCAUCAAACAUGUUUACUUCACAUUCAGAGAAAGACCUGACAUUAAAUUCGACCUGAGUCUUGGAGUGAUCGAUGUGAACCUGCUGCCGAAUGUAAAAUCCUGGCUACAAGACACAAUAGAAGAGUUACUAUCGGACUCUCUAGUGGACCCGGGAAGAUACCUGAUAGACAUGACCCAGGAGGAGAUGAAGAUGAUGCUCAUCUUCGGAGUCAGGAAAUUGAAGAGAACUGUCCUGCAUCUUCAGGUCGAUAUCCGAAAGGACAAACUUGAACAACACAACGACAAGAAACGAGAUAUUGAGUGUAUUCUUAACACAGGUGGUAAAGAUUUCAAAUCAGAAGUAGAAUUUUACAGGACCCAGAAAACUUGUCACGUUUGGUUCCCACUUGCAGUUCUUCAGCAAGAGAUUAAUUUCUCGGUGUACAUACCACACACGUUUGGGAAGGACGACAAGCUCGCAGAGAUGAAAAUAGACGUUAACGGUCUGAUUCGAGAGAAAACAAAGGAACUUCACAGAUCAGUGAGACAUAACGAGAAUAUUCUGCUGGUCGUCAGAGCUACAGCAUACGAGCUUCCUUACAUCCCCAUACGGCAGAGUGGCACUGAGGUUACAGAUUAUAUAAAGUAUUUCCACAUUCCUGAGCUCACUAGGGAGGACGUGAACAGAUGCUCAUCUGGCCUGGUGUACCUUCACAUCCACAGAGCUACUGGACUGCCUGCUAUGGAUACUCGCGGUAAGAGCGACCCUUACUGUAAAGUGAAAUUCAACGGGGAGAAACUUUUCAAGACACCGGUCGUAUACAACAAUCUGGACCCUGUCUUUAACCAUUUUGAAGAUUUCUUCGUCCGCAACAUAAUAGAAUCAGAUGUGACUCUAGAGAUGAUGGACUAUGAUGCUGCAUCAGGAAAUGACGAAAUGGGUAAAGUUAGACUCAACCUAAAUGACGUUGCACCCAAAAUGGUUGACCAAGGAUUCGAUAUCAUAACUAAAGAUGGCAAAAAAUCGGGCAUCCUGUACCUCACAGUUAUCUUCAGACCUGUCCAGCUACCACCCACCUCCGCCGAUAUAAGCAAUACAUUCCACAACAACCUCGGGGCUGUCACCGUCCUUUGAGCUUCUAGCAGUUACCGUGGGUACCAUGGUUACCAUGGUUAUCAUGGUUACCAGUUAGAUAAGACGUUACUCGUUUCAGAUUUAUUGGUUUAGUACUGCUAGUGUUACUCACCCGUGGGGUUGUACUAAGUGAUUUUUGGUCCAUCAUGUCACUCGAGUGCCUACUCGUACUCCUUUGUAACCCACUUUGACUUUUCUCGGUUUUCAUUACAUUCUGACUGAUGCUCUGGGCUACUUCACCAAUCAGCAUGCUUAAGUUCAUACCUCAAAAACUAAAAUGAGUACAAAACUAGUUAUUGACAAGUUGAUUCAAAGAUAAGUUGGACAUUAUUCAUUAAAUUAGGGUGCGAACAUUUGGGUUUCUACUAACUUACUGCAUAUCAAAACCUUGUCCUUUAAAAUCACGAGGAAUACCUUCCCUUUUUUAUUUUCAGAUGCUAAUUAUUUAAGCUUUAUUUUUUCAUUGUGAAUGACUUGAAAUUUUUGAUUAUCAGAUUUAAAUCCAUUGAUAUUUUGGGGUAUAUAACACAUUGCACAUGUUUACAGUGACACGAUCAUAGAAUUAUUAUUUUAUGAGGAA